UGUGUGACGCGUGACAGCAGUGGGAAGAGAGAAUAUCCUGCUAAUUCGGUCCCAGAGUCUGGAGGAAGAGCAGAGAGGCACAGAAUCCAAGUUGCUUGAAGUCCAGUGUGAAGUUUCCACAGUCAGUGAUGAUUUGGGGUGCCAUGUCAUCUGCAGGUGUUGGUCCACUUUGUUUUCUCAAGUCGAGAGUCAAUGCAGCCAUCUACCAGGAGAUAUUAGAGCACUUCAUGCUUCCAUCUGCUGACAAGCUUUAUGGAGAUGCUGAUUUCCUUUUCCAGCAGGACUUGGCACCUGCCCACAGUGCCAAAACUACUAGUAACUGGUUUGCUGACCAUGGUAUUACUGUGCUUGAUUGGCCAGCCAACUCGCCUGACCUGAACCCCAUAGAGAAUCUAUGAGGUAUUAUCAAGAGGAAAAUGAGAGACACCAGACCCAACAAUACAGACGAGCUGAAGGCCGCUAUCAAAGCAAUCUGAGCUUCCAUAACACCUCAGCAGUGCCACAGGCUGACUGCCUCCAUGCCACACCGCACUGAUGCAGUAAUUCAUGCAAAAGGAGCCCCGACUAAGUGAUGGGGGCAGACAGUGGUUCGGGAGCUCCGUCAGCUGUCCCUUGGCGUAAAGUGCUCUAUGAGCGGCAGCCGUUCCCGGACAAUUACGUGGACCGUCGUUUUUUGGAGGAGCUCCGGCGCAACAUCAGAGUCCGUCAGUACCGUUACUGGGCAGUGGUGCGAGAAACAGGACUGAUUGCACAGCAGGUGUCUUGCGUUGCUGUCUUUCUCACAUUAUGGUCUUAUAUGGAACAGGGAGAUCUGGUGCCAUCCACAGUGUUGUGGGCCUGUCUGGGCUGUGCUCUGCUGGGCUACGGACUCUACGAGAUCCUGGGAAUAACUUGUGUUAGAGAGCGUACACGUUUGGCAGAUCUGCAGAGUGCAACCAUCUUCCUGGCUUUCACCUUCGGGUUCUCCCCUGUUUUAAAGACACUGACAGAGUCGGUUAGUACAGAUACUGUAUAUGCCAUGUCGGCCUUUAUGCUCUUGGCUCACUUGGUGUCCUUCCCUUAUGCCCAACCCAGUCCGCCAGGCAGCCUUUCCCUCAAUGCAGCCCUUUUUGGGUCGGUGUGCCUGGCGUCCCGGCUUCCUGGUGCCCUGCAUACUUUCACUAUGCUGACCUGCGCUCUCCUUGUGUUCGCUCUCUGGCCCUGCUUGCUGCAUCGCAUACGCGAGAAGGCGGAGUGGAGCUUCCCGUGGGCAGCAGGGCUGGUGUGCCUCGCUGGAGUUGGGGGUCUGGGUAGCCUAUGGCCUGAGGGGGCACUCCUCCUCUCCCUGGCUCUGUUAACACUAACUUUAAUCUGUCCACUGUUACUAGUUCACCUCCAGAGGCAUAAAGACAAUAUUCAUGGUCCAUGGGACGAGGCAGAGAUCAGAGAGGACCUCUCCCGCUUUCUCAAUUGAAACGGCUUAAGACUGCCUGGGACUUUAAGACUUUAUAGUUUUUAAACCAUUUUAAAUGUUGCUUUUGACAGAAUUAAGAAGAGGGCUAGUUUUUAGAACUUUUGCACUUUCUCUUAAACUCAGGGACAAUUAAAAACGGUUCUUAGGAAAUUACACCUGUUUGCCAGUUAAAGAAUGCUUGAUGAACUAUUAAAUGGGUGAACAUGUCACAUUUCACCCCAAAAUGAAAAUAAAAAUACGAAACUGCAUUUGCAUGAAGUAAAAUGAAGCCCAUUUUAAGGUCAUAAACACAUUUUCCUCACAAUUUUUCAUUAACGCAAUGCAUCUGGAGCUUUACAUUCAGGUUAUUUUGUAUUUCCCAUUAUUCACAAUGGUGAUUCUAAUUAAUACAAUGCAGUAAUUUUCUUUUUUUUUUUUCUGCAAUACAAUUUGUUUUUUGUAUAUUUAACUAAAUAACUAAUUGUGUCCAGGCAGGAUCAUUUUCAUUCUUGUGUUACAGUAAUGAGAAUUGGUGGAAUAUGUGCUUGAAUUGUCAUAAUUUCACAAGGCUUCCAUUUCUUUAAAGGAAUAUUCCGGGUUCAAUACAAGUUAAGCUCAAUCGACAGCAUUUGUGGCAUAAUAUUGAUUACCACAAAAAUGAAUUUUCGACUUGUACCUUUACUUCUUCUUUAAAAAAAAAAAAGCACAAAUCUGGGUUACAGUGAGGCACUUACAAUGGAUGUCAAUGAAGCCAAUCUGUAAAUGUUAAAAUAUUUUAUUAAUAAUAUUAAUAUUAUUAAUAAUAUUUAUUAAAAUAACUAUUUUAAAUGUAUAGCCACAAUAUGUGUGAUAACACCGUAAACCCUGUAAUUCCAGUAAACAACAAUUUAAACAACUUUACAGCUCAAAUAAUGUGUUUUAACAGGAGAAUUAAUUAAAUUAUAAGCUUCACAUUUCUGCCUUUUAAACCCUUUCAAUAUUAUUUUUUGUGGUAAUCAACAUUAUGCCAUAAAUGCUGUCGAUUGAGCUUAACAUGUAUUUUUCUUAAAGUAAUAUUCCAGGUUCAAUACAAUUAAUUUCUUUAUUUUGAUUUUGUGGUGAAAUAUGACCCAGACAUGGUCUUGACAAGUUUCGUGAGAUUGAGAUUGAAGUGGUAAAUAUGGGUAGGAAGCUAUAAACAUUUUAACUAGGGAUGGGCACGAGGACUCGGGUACUCAGACGUGUCAGCAAUGAUCGAUCAUGAAAACGAUGAUCGAUAGUGAUCAAGCAUGAUGUGACUUUUCACUUAAUUCGAAAUCCAGUGACAAUUACAACUGACAACUAAACACACAAACAAUGAGGGAGCUUAUUUUUAAUUUUGAGAUUGAUUACAUUGAUUUUGAAAGGUACAUUGAUUGUCAGAGACGUCUCAUAGCAACCAAACUGAUAUACAACACUGCAAUACUAUCGUAACUAUAAUCAAAAGAGAGUGUAAUUAACCGUGUUUUGAUCACCUGUCUCUGCAAAACGUUUGCUAAACACGUUUUAUUAUCAUUUACUGUAAGAACUUCGAUACGUUAAUGGAUAUUAUUUAAUAAAAGUGAAUGUUUGUCACUGACUGUAAACCUCCCUGCCCUGCGUGAAGUAAAACGCACCUGCAUCUUGACAAAAUGGGAGUUGAAGAUUUCUGCACGAGUUUCCAAGUUAGAUGUCCGAUAUAAAGUGUCAUUCCGUUGCACUUUCCCCAGUUGAAAGGUGGAAAUUCAGACUCUCUGAGUUGAAUGGAACGCUUCAUGAAUCACAGCAACAACAAUACAGAGCAUCGCGGCUUUCCUCACAAGAGCGAACAUUUGGGGACACACACACACACACACACCAGGCAUGUGGCAGUGGACUCAACGCACUGAAGCGACGCAUAUACAGCAGGCGAGUGUUUCAAACAGCUAGACAGAGUGCAGCUAAAUGGAACACAAUGCAGCGUCUUCAAUUUAACAUGCAUAUUAAAAAUGCAAUGGUUACGGCGUCUCCUGUUAUUUGAAAAUAGACGGUUCAGACAGUCACUAAAAAAACUGGUGCACACUUACUAAGAUUACUACGGUAACCUGAAGGAAGAACAGACAGAUGUGCGUUGGGCACAUUCUUUCAGAAUUGGACAGCGAAUCUUCACAUAAUGAUAAAAUAUGACGCAUUAUAUUUGGAAUCUUUUGUACAUUUUGUAACAGAUUAUUUUAUAACAGCCUAUAAUAAUGAAUAGAGGAUACACUGGAACAACAAGACGCAAUGCAGCAGCCAAAGACGUUUGUCAGACAUGUUAUUAUAUAUACAGUUUUGAACAUGUAAUCGCCCCUAGAGUAUUCGACAAGUACUCGAGUAAUUAGUCCGAGUACUCAAGUAGACAAAAUGACCAAAAUGCCCAUCCCCUAAUUUUAACAGUAUUUAUAUAAUAAUGUGUAUUCCUAAAUUGCUUGAUUAAAAAUUUUAAAAGCUUUUGGAUGUUUUUAAAAAUUGAAUGUUUCUAUUUACUGUUUCUG